GGCCGUUUCCGCCUCGCGCCGGGCGGGGGCGCCGCGGCGAGGAGGCGCGGUCGGAGCGGGAGCGGCGGGGCCCAUCUUGCUGCCGCUCGUCGGCCGCGCUCGGGGAGGAGGGCCCUAGGCCGGCGUGCGGCCAAUCCGGGCGGGCGCUGGCGGCGAGCAGGGCAGAAUGGGCUGUAGUUUAGUGAAAUAGGAAAGCUGCAAACAGUGUGGAGUGCUCCCGGUGUAAAUAAAAGGGGGAAAAGAAAAGUUUCUGCAAGUCGCAGCUCUGCAGCCUCGCUCGGGCCCCGGCGCGGGGGGUUGUGCGUCGCAAAAGCCCAACACACUGGACUUUAUUGUGCUGCGUUAGCACGCUCUUCCUAUUGUUUGUGUUUUUUUCAAAAUAUGGCAAAGGUUCAGGUGAACAAUGUAGUGGUGUUGGAUAAUCCUUCUCCUUUCUACAAUCCUUUCCAAUUCGAAAUCACAUUUGAGUGCAUAGAGGACCUGUCUGAAGAUUUGGAAUGGAAAAUAAUUUAUGUGGGUUCAGCUGAAAGUGAAGAGUAUGAUCAAGUGUUAGACUCUGUUUUAGUAGGACCUGUUCCUGCGGGCAGACACAUGUUUGUAUUUCAGGCUGAUGCACCUAACCCAGGGCUUAUUCCAGAUGCAGAUGCAGUAGGUGUAACAGUUGUGCUAAUUACAUGCACCUAUCGAGGUCAAGAAUUUAUUAGAGUCGGCUACUAUGUAAACAAUGAAUAUACCGAAACAGAACUGAGAGAGAACCCACCAGUAAAGCCAGAUUUUUCUAAGCUUCAAAGGAAUAUUUUGGCAUCUAAUCCCAGAGUCACGAGAUUCCACAUUAAUUGGGAGGACAACUCUGAAAAACUGGAAGAUGCAGAGAGCAGUAACCCAAAUCUACAGUCGCUGCUUUCUACAGAUGCAUUACCUUCAGCAUCAAAGGGGUGGUCAACAUCAGAAAACUCAUUAAAUGUUAUGUUAGAAUCUCAUAUGGACUGCAUGUGACUAACCACCGUCAUUUUGGUACUGUACAUGUGUUAAACUGUAAAAACAACCAGAACUAUUUCCCUCGAAUUCCAUAAGUACAUAGUUGACAAGCAAUGUGAAGAACUUGUUUUAAAACAUCCUGUAGAAAGUUUAUAUAUAAAAAAAAAAAAAAAAGAAACCAAACAAACAGUAUUUGAACAAAUUGUGGAAUAUAAAUACAACUAUUUUUAAGUAACUGCCUUUUUUCUCUAAUGUGUUAUUCUAUGUGGUCUAAACCAAACCUGAUUAAAGUAUACAUCCUGUCCCCCCACCCCCUUUACUUUGUAAGCACUGUUAAAAGCUAAAAAAACCUGCAAGUUAAAAGCAUUUAGGCAAAAUGAAGGAAUAAUGCUGUGUCCUCAUCUCUGAUACACAGAUUGCCAAAUAUAAAGUGCUGUUUAAUAGCAGCUUAAGAACAAAACUGUCAUUAGAUGAAGCGCAAAGAAAAAAGUAUCUCAUUAAAAAAAAAAAAAAAAUCCAAGAAUGUCCUCUUGCUGUGAAAGCAGACAGCACAGUGUAAUUUUAGGUGCAAGCUUCUUUUCCUUUCAAGGCACAUACUUGUUACUUAAAGCAUACAAUUUGAGAUUUACCAUCUGCUAUCUUGGAUAUAUCCUGCUGCUGCUUAGUCAAACUGUGGUUUGUUAAGGAUAGUGUUUCACGUGGAUUUGGGCAGGUAUCUCGGGAAAGAACCCUUUUCAGCCACCCUAAUGGCACACAUCAUUUGGUGGAAAGGUUCAAGCAAUUACUACAAAAUUGAAGCAGCAUAAAGGAAUAGCAUGAGUCAAAAAAAAAAAGUGCUCUUCUGCCAGAUUGUGUAUGACUGCAGAUUGGUAAAUUUAUGUUCAGGUAUGCUUUAUUCCUGUAGUCUUCUUAAGUAAUAAGGAAGUUAGAUGCUUGCUUUCUGUUUGUUGAAACAUCUGGACUUUAAAACUUUUCUGUUUUCUCUCUGCCCUUUAAGGCAAUCCUAAGCACUGGUGAAAAUCAAAAUGCAAACUCUGUUGUGGCAGGCAUGACACACUCUAGAAUACAUUGCCUGCCCUCAAGUUCUUGCACUGAGACAUCCUAUUACCUGGGGCAUUCUUGAAGAAGAAAGAACUAAGCAGUAAAUUGUAAAGACUUAAGACAUUCUUAUGACACUACGAAUUUAGUUAUUCGUUCCAAUCCUCCUUAGCCUUAUGCAUUUGCUGUGACUGUAUGUGCAUUUAAAAUUGUGAUCUGUCAUGUCAGAUACAGGAAUAUAGUUCUGCUAGUUACUGGUAACCACCCAAACUGUGAACCCUUGGAGGGUCCAGACCCUUAGAAAAAUAAGGUAGAUUUCAUGAUGACUGACAGUAUAGCUCUGAACAGAACCCUCUCUUCUCUUUCUGCAUUCUCUAAUAGGGAUGAAGACGUUCCAAGCAGUUAGCACUUUGUCUUUCCAUGUCAUUAGUGAAAUUGUCUUCAUUUCUUACAAACAUGUAUUUUUUUUUUAAAUUGGAAUGACCUGAUCUGAAUGUACAUGCACAUGUUUAUUUCUUCUAUGGAAACCCAGCAAUACCUAUGGUAGCUGACUGAAUGAAUGAAACCCAUUAAUAUUUGGAA